CGGCAACGUACCCACCAAGGCGCUUAGAAGGCGAAGCGAGGCCCGGCGCGAGGCCUAGCGGAGGCGGUCGAGGGCAGUGGUUCCUUCAGAGGCGGGAAGUGGGAGGCGUUGACCGCGGGCGCACGUGACGUCAUGAGGGUUCAGGAGCCAAUGAAAUGCCGCCAUUCAAACGGCUUUCUCUUCUAUAAAAUAAAGUUACCGGCCACUCCCUGCCUCUUGCAGUAGUUCGCUUGGUUAGGCCACGUCAGGGUCUGAGACUGAGCGAUCAUUUGCUCUGCUAGAGGUCAAUUCUAACGGUUUUUUAAAACCUAAUCAAAAUGCGUGAAUGCAUCUCUGUACACGUUGGGCAGGCUGGUUGCCAGAUUGGUAAUGCUUGUUGGGAGUUGUAUUGUCUGGAACAUGGCAUCCAGCCUGACGGGCAAAUGCCCUCAGACAAGACUUUGGGAGGUGGUGACGACUCCUUCAACACCUUCUUCAGCGAAACUGGUGCUGGGAAACACGUCCCCCGUGCAGUAUUCGUGGACUUGGAGCCGACAGUGGUUGAUGAGGUUCGCACUGGCACAUACCGUCAACUGUUUCACCCAGAGCAGCUGAUCACUGGAAAAGAGGAUGCUGCUAACAACUAUGCACGUGGUCACUACACUAUUGGCAAGGAAAUUGUGGACUUGGUUCUGGACCGCAUCCGCAAGCUUGCUGACCAAUGCACUGGUCUGCAAGGUUUUCUCAUUUUCCACUCCUUUGGCGGUGGCACUGGAUCCGGAUUUACUUCUUUGUUGAUGGAGCGCCUGUCUGUUGAUUAUGGCAAGAAGAGCAAACUCGAAUUUGCAAUUUACCCUGCUCCUCAGGUAUCCACUGCUGUUGUGGAACCAUACAACUCCAUCCUGACCACCCACACUACUUUGGAACAUUCAGACUGUGCCUUCAUGGUGGACAAUGAAGCCAUCUAUGACAUCUGCAGACGCAACCUUGACAUUGAACGCCCCACUUACACCAACUUGAACCGUUUGAUUGGCCAGAUUGUAUCUUCCAUUACUGCUUCCCUCAGAUUUGACGGUGCCCUCAAUGUCGACCUUACCGAAUUCCAGACCAACUUGGUGCCAUAUCCUCGCAUUCAUUUCCCCUUGGUAACCUACGCUCCUGUCAUUUCUGCCGAAAAAGCAUAUCAUGAGCAACUGUCUGUUGCGGAGAUCACAAAUGCUUGCUUUGAGCCUGCUAACCAGAUGGUGAAAUGUGACCCUCGUCAUGGCAAGUACAUGGCCUGUUGCAUGCUGUACAGAGGAGAUGUUGUACCAAAGGAUGUUAAUGCUGCCAUUGCCACAAUCAAGACCAAACGCACAAUCCAGUUUGUGGAUUGGUGUCCUACUGGCUUCAAAGUGGGCAUUAACUACCAGCCACCUACUGUUGUCCCUGGUGGUGACCUGGCCAAGGUACAACGUGCUGUAUGCAUGUUGUCUAAUACUACUGCCAUUGCCGAGGCUUGGGCUCGCUUGGAUCACAAGUUUGACCUGAUGUAUGCCAAGCGUGCUUUUGUGCACUGGUAUGUGGGAGAGGGUAUGGAGGAAGGAGAGUUCUCUGAAGCCCGUGAGGAUCUGGCUGCCCUGGAAAAGGACUAUGAAGAAGUCGGCAUGGACUCCGUGGAAGGAGAAGGCGAAGGUGCUGAAGAAUACUAAGUCACAUUUAAAAUGUCUGCAAUUUUUAAAAUUUUUACAAUGCAAGAUUGAUGAACAAAAUCGCAAACAUUCAUUCCAAAGAUUGAAAAAUAAUUUUUGUACUGAAUAAAUUUUUUUUGGCAUCCUU